GUAAUUAACAGGCUAGGAUUAAACUCCUUAGGACCAUUCAGUCCCAAAGAGAGGAUUAUUGAAUACAUGAUCUCGGAUGAUGCUGAUGGUGGGCCCCUUGUAUCCAUGGAUGUCAGGGACUUCGUGAUGACAGUGGGGUCACGGUCUCCCUCCCCCGGGGGUGGCUCUGUGUCAGCCCUGGCAGCAAGUCUUGGUGCCUCCCUUGGGAGUAUGGUGGGGUUCCUGACCUAUGGAAACAGGAAAUAUUACGAGCUGGAUGGUAAGAUGAGAGAACUGAUCCCCCCGCUGUACAAAGCCAUGAAAGACCUCAUGCAGUUUGUGGAUGCUGAUGCCGCAGCGUACAGUGAAUACAUGUUGGCAACAAAAUUACCAAAAGAAACAGAAGAAGAUAGAAUGAUGAGAGAUUAUGCCAUGCAGGAAGGUCUGAAGACAGCUAUACAGGUUCCACUCACCGUGUCUAGAAUUGCCAAUCAGUUAUGGCCAACCAUCAAAGAAUUAGCUGCUAUCUGUAACAUUAACUGUAAAUCGGACCUACAAGUUGGAGUGAGAAUGUUAGAAACUGGUGUAUGGGGAACAUUUUACAAUGUAAACACUAACCUGGCUGAUCUAAAGGAUCCAGAGUUUACAUCUCAGGUCAAAGAAGAAAUGUCUGCUGCUAUUAAAUAUGCACAAGAGGAGUGCGCUGCAAUAUUAAAAAUCCUUGAGGGACGUAAAGAGUAAAAAUCAAUUGUGUUCAAAACUAAACUGCAAUAAAACCGUCCAUUGUUGUGUGCCUGUUGUGGAGAUUUGGUUGUUAUGGGAUUUUAAUCAGAUUUGUGAUGUAGUUUUUAGGAUAUCUAGUAGAUAUUAGGAUAUCACUAGUAGAUAUUAGGAUUUCUAAAAGAUGUUAGAAUAUCUAGAUAUCAGGAACAGUUGUGUUCAAGAUAUAGUUUUUAUUCAUUUGUUGAAAGUUUGGACCAAUUUAAUUCUUAGAUUUUAAGAAUUUGUCCAAUUUUAAUCUGAGAAUCGAUAACGUUUGAAUUUGUGAAAUAAAAAGAAUGUUUCAUGAGGCAAAUUUAAACUGUACAAUAUACACACAUAUACACGUAUAUAGUGUAUUUAAGUGAUCAGAUUUAAGAGAUGUAGUUUACCAGUGACAUAAAGCAUUUGUAUUUUUAAUUUAAAAUGAUUUUUACAAUUGUCAAUGUGCAUUGUUUCCCUUUAGUAUAAUUUCAGAGUACAGUGUGUGUGGCACUUUUUUAUGUACUAAUAAUGCAGUGUGAAAAGGCUUUACCAAAUUUAACCAUUGUGCUUAUUUUGCUUAUGUGAUGAGAAGCUUUUAGUUUUUAUAGAAGUAGAAAAAAAGACAGUUUUAAGACACAUAUAUGAAUUCUCUAUACGAAUUGUGAAAUCCAUUUUUUGUAUGCCAGCUUGCAUAUGAAAGUACUUUUUCUCUUAAAAUAUUUAUUUUCUGUCAAACUGCUGUUUCAAAUUGUUUGUUUAUAGAUUUAUAUAAUUGUGAUUGUUAAGCAUUGUUAUGAAAGCAAUAUCAUAAUUAAUUUAUGGACGAUGGAAACACAUCACAUUUUAA